AUGGCAGCUGAAAUGAAUGCUGAAACGAAUGUUCAAUUGGAAGCGCGACUUCGAGCGGAGUUCGCAAGGACUCAAGAGGAACGGGUGCAGGAAGCAGUGCGCCGAAUCCAGCAAGAAAGAGAGCUAGAGGAGGCCAACCGCCCUCUCAGGGAUCUGAAUGAACCUAUCAUGAGUUAUGAUUACCCAGGAAGUAUAGCCCCUCAGAAUGCCGAGGCUCGGAACUUUGAACUCAGACCUGCACUCAUCAACCUGAUCAGUCAACAUACUGAAGAUGCUCAUGCUCACCUAGAGCGGUUCAUCAGAAACUGCAGUACAACACGUCUUCCCAAUGCCGAGCUUGUUCGUUUGCAACUCUUUCCUUUCUCAAUAAGGGACACAACUGAGGAGUGGCUUAACUCCCAACCUCAAGGCAGCAUAACAACUUGGGAAGAUUUAGCUAAGAAAUUCAUUAAAAAGUUCUUCCCUCGUAACUUGCUGAGGAAGCUGAAGAACGACAUCCUGGUUUUUAAACAGGAAGAUACUGAGAAUCUCCAUGAAGCUCUAGAGAGGUUCAAGAAACUGUUAAGGAAGUGCCCUCAGCACAACCUCACAUUGGGAGCACAGGUGGAGAGGUUUUAUGACGGCUUGACUGAUUCUGCCAGAUCAAACUUGGAAGCAGCAGCUAGUGCCGAAUUUGAUGCUCUUUCAGCUCAAGCAGGUUGGGACUUAAUCAAUAAAAUGGCUGAAAGUGCAGUAAACUCUACCAAUGACCGCCAAAACAGAAGGGGUGUACUGGAAAUAGAAGCGUAUGAUAGGAUGGUUGCUUCAAACAAGCAAUUAUCUCAACAAAUGACAGAUAUGCAACGACAGUUCCAGGCAGCCAAGAUAUCGAAUGUGAAUAGUAUCCAUUGUGGAACAUGCGGUGGCCCUCAUGCCAGUGAAGAGUGCGGAACAGAUUUUGACGAGGAAGUUAAGGUUUUGGGAAAUUCCCAAAAUAAUCCUUAUUCCAACACCUACAAUCCGGGGUGGAGGAAUCAUCCUAACUUUUCCUGGAGGGAACAGAACAACUCCAAUCAAGGAGGAAAUAAUCAGAGACAAUAUUCAAAUCAACGAUUUCAGUCUCAGAAUUCAAGACCUCAACAAACUCAGGAUCACGACAGUGGCAGUGGGAAGAAAAGCUUAGAAGAGCUGAUGGAGAAUUUCAUCAACAGAGCAGAUACCAGUUUCAAAAAUCAUGAAGCUGCUAUCAAAAAUUUGGAGACUCAAGUGGGACAGAUGGCCAAGCAAAUGUCAGAAAGACCCCCAGGUAUGUUUCCUCUAGAUACUGUCAUUAAUUCUAAAGAAAAUUGCUCUGCCAUAACUCUUAGGAGUGGUGCUACCUUGAGUGAGCCUAAACAGAAAAUUGUAGAAAACAAUAAUGUCAAUGAUGAGUUUGUAGGAGAUAUUUGA